AAGUAGAAUAAAAGAAUUAAAAUACAUAAUUAUGUAAGUAUGUUUUAAUAAAUUAUAUUAUUCCAUACAUGCUUGGUAAUCGACUCAUGAAUUGUAUGUUCCCAUUUCCAGUAAAUAUGGAUUGGCGCAUGGCGGAGGUUCUAAAGCUAAUAAAUUUGUACAGGCAAUUCGAAUGCCUUUGGAAUUACCAAAGUGCAACAUACAAGCGAGUCGAUUUAAAGAAAAAUGCGUGGAUCCAAAUUUCGGAAGCGUGUGGAAAGAGUUCCGAUGAAGUAAAGAAGAAAUUAAAACAUCUACGCACGGCAUAUGUUAACGAAAAAAAGAAGAUUGAAAACUGUAAGAAAUCUGGCUCGUCAGCGGACGCUUUUUACGAACCUCACUUGUUUUAUUUUGCGGAAAUGAGCUUCCUAGACUCCGUAGUUGUUUUAAGAAAAACAGUCAGCAAUUUAAGCAGUAUAAGCAUAGAAGCUGUAGUUGAGGAAAACUUGCUAGAUUCAACUCUGACCGAAGAUAGUAUGCUGACACUCACGCCUACAAUAUUACCACAACUUUCAACACCAAUAUCGAGCUCCCCUUCGUCUUCGACACCAUCACGUUCGAACCGUCGACGAAGAAACCGCAAGCAUGAUAAGAAUGCAAAAUUUGAUGAAGCCAUUGAAGCAAUAGUCACAUCUGCAACUAAAGCGGAUACUGACAAUGUCUUUAUUAAUUUUGGGAGAACUAUUGCCAUGCAAUUAGAGCAGUUGCCACUGCGUCAGGCCACGGAAGCAAUGUCCGAAAUUCACAGCAUUGUAACACGUAAAGUUCUUCAAAACAUAGAAUCUUCAGAGCAGGAAGCGCACAUUGUUGAACCGGAUUUAGUACAACUUGCUUUGGAUGAAGCAGAUAUUAGUUUUUACUAAAUUUUACACAAAUACAGUGACCCAAAUAAAAAUUGGGACGCGACCUUUUAACAAGUGUUGGAUAUUUUGCUUUAUAUUAUUUAAUGUAACAUUUUUUUAUGAAAGUAUAGCUGAUUACUUAACAAAACCCAUAUAAAUCGAGAUUUUUAGAAUUCGUGCCAAAAUUAUGAAAUCUGCAAAAUUUUCGCAAAAUGUCUUAACGAAAAAAUUGUCAAAAAUCAACGGCAAGCCCUAACUACUUGAAACUGGACCUUAUUAUACUAAAAUUUAAGGACUACAAGGCUGCAUACCAACAAUUUUUCAAAAACUCUGAUUAAAAAGUUAGACAUUUUGCAGAUUUCAUAAUUUUGGCACGAAUUCUAAAAAUCUCGAUUUAUAUGUGUUUUGUUAAGUAAUCAGCCAUACUUUCAUAAAAAAAUGUUACAUUAAAUAAUAUAAAGAAAAAUAUCCAACACUUGUUAAAAG